AUGGAUACAGAGCAUGUUUUAAUGACAACAACAACAACAACUGUUACUGUUGCGAAAACUACACCAUCUGACGAUACAAGCAUAAAACAACAACAACAACUUCUAUCUACUGAUACACUUCAAAACUUUCUGGUGGUGUGGCUUGAUGCCAAAAUUGAGGACAAGGAUAAUGACUACUAUAUCUAUUCUAUCAACAAACUAAAAGAAGUGUUCAACAAGAUAAAUGCAUUUAGUGAUGUAAAUGAAUGUAUCGAUUUCAUGACUAACAUUCAAGACGAGAAAAUAAUUAUAAUCAUCGGUGAUUUCUUCGUUCAAACAGUUGUUCCCAUCGUACAAGACAUUUCAUCAAUCGAUACCAUAUAUAUUUUAGUUGAGAACCAAAUUCAACAUGAAGAUUUGACCAAACAAUGGUCAAAAAUAAAUUGUGUAUUUAAAGAUAUUGCUUCAAUCUGUGAUACACUUCACCAACCUACAGUUGUUGAUGAUAGGGAGUUAGUCAACAUUAGUUCUGUUUCAACUAAUCAUGAAAGUCAUCGAAAAAAUCAAGAUCAGUUAGAUUCAUCAUUAUUGUAUAGACAAGUUUUAAAAGAAAUUUUAUUUACCAUGUACUUUGAAAAAAAACGUUUUAAUCAAUUUAUUUCCUAUUGCCGAGAAACUUUCAAAGACAAUAAUUCCCAAAUGGCAAUUGUCAACAAAUUCGAACACGAAUAUCAUCAACAUGAUCCAAUAUGGUGGUAUACAUUCAAUUCGUUUCUUUAUUCGAUGAUGAAUCGAUCGCUACGCAUGAUGGAAGUAAAUCUUAUCAUUAAUAUGGGGUUUUUCAUCCAAGAUCUUCACAAUAGUAUUUCUAAGCUUCAUGCUCAACAGUUUCCUAAAACUUCAUCUUCAAAUUCAUUGACUGUUUAUUAUGGUCAAGGAGUGCCACAAACAUAUUUUGAUCAACUCCUCAAGAAACAAGGUAGUCUAUUAUCAAUUAAUUACUUUUUGUCGACUACUCCUAAUCGAGAAGUAGCUCUUGCAUUCGCUGAGGCUAGCCAAAUCCAAUCCGAUCUAAUUGGUAUACUCUUUGAGAUAGUUAUCAAUUCAUCAGUAUCGUCUAUUCCUUUUGCCAAAAUUUCUAAUAUCAAUCAUUUCAGCGACGAAAAAGAAAUCCUAUUCUCUAUUUAUUCCAGGUUUCAUAUUGAAUCAAUGAAACAGAUCAAUGGAAAUAGUCGUCUCUGGCAAGUUAAUUUAAUAUUGACCGAUGCUAAUGAUCCAGAAAUUCAUACACUUACUGAAUGCAUGCGCGAAGAGAUCUAUUCAGAAGCAAAAGGAUGGGAUCGUUUGGGUGUAUUUUUUAUUAAAUUUGGAAAUUUUGACAAAGCUCAAGAGGUAUAUGACAUCUUACUUGGUGAAACAACGACUGAUGAAGAAAAAGCACUCAUGCAUCAUAGACUUGGAAUACUAAAGAAUAGUCAAGGUAGAUAUACAGAAGCGAUGAACUAUUUUGAGCAAUCUAUUGAAAUUAGAAAGAAGGUUCUCUCAUCAACGGAUAGAGAUUUGGCUUCAUCUUACGACAACAUUGGUUUAGUAUAUAAAAAUACCGGUGACUAUUCGAAUGCCUUAUCAUUUCAUCAAAAUGCUUUGGAAAUUCGCCAGAAAACUCUUCCACCAAAUCAUCGUGAUUUGGCUACGUCUUACAAUAACAUUGCUUUGGUGUAUAGCCAUAUGAAUGACUAUUCUAAUGCAAUGUCAUUUCAUCAAAAAGCAGCGGAAAUUCGCAUGAAUAUUCUUCCAUCGUAUCAUCCUGACAUGGCUAGUUCUUAUAACAGCAUUGGUUCCUUUUUUGAAAACACGGGUGAUUAUUCAAAUGCACUAUUAUUUCAUCAAAAAGCAUUGGAGAUUCGUGAAAAAAUUCUUCCUUCAAAUCAUUCAAGUUUGGCGGCAUCUUAUGGUCAUAUUGGAAUAGUUUUGUCUGAACUUGGAGAACAUGAGAAAGCUGUCUUACAUUGUGAGCAGGCUCUCAAUAUAGUAGAAAAUUCACUACCCGCUAAUCAUCCACAUAUUCAAGUCUAUAGAGAUAAUCUAGAAUAUGUUAAAAGUAAAUCUUAA